UAACAAUGAACAACUGUAAUGGCUGACAAUGCAACGCCCGGCGAUGAUCCACGAUCAAUAUGUCAAAUUAAUGUAUUUGUUUAAUUAUUAUUGAUUAUAUCGAUGUCCACGAAAUUUUAUAAUAAUUAAACAGGCUGCAGAAUAAAAAUAUCUUGCAAUAAUGACUGCCGGGAAAUUAUUCAGCAGGAGUGAUUUUGAAGUAGAUAAAUUGAUAGAAGGUCCGGAAGAUGGAAAUGUUUCUUUAGAGAGUCCUCCUCAAGUACUCAAGGUUGUUCAAUAUACACUCACCAGUAUUAUCGUAAUUAUUCUUUUAUCGAUAUGCAUUCGAUUAAUCUAUAAAGAUAAUCUCCUAAAAAGUGGGAUCGAUGCUGUAAUGAUGGCAUCUCUCUACUACAUGAUGAUCCUGAUAUGUGGCUUUAUCAUUCGAACAUGUAAUUUUUUAUCAGAAAUUCAAUUCGCCAAAACGCAUUAUGAAAAUGGAAUCACGAGCGUUUUGAAGGCCACCUUUGAAAUAAAUGGACAGUCCAUUUUUCUGAUGGUGUCAGGCGAUGGGCCAUCGGCCAGUUUAUGUGAUAACUGAAGGGGCAACCCCGAUGAUGACUUUCUGGGAGAUUCUGAUUCAUGACCAUGAGCAGACGGCGACGUACAAGCAGAAUAGAAUGCAAAUAGUUGCUUCAUUUUACAAAACCCUUCAACAGUUGAUUGACAAUGAUCCUGAGUGUCGAGAUGUUUGCGAAUUAGUUUAUUAUAAAGAUUAUGAAAAGGGAAAGAAAAUUAAUGUUGCGGAAAUACUUCUCGGAAGGAUCCAAGCACAAGCCGCGAUGUUCUAAUUAGUUAUUUCAUUCCAUUAACGUUUUCCUUAUUUUUUACACAUUGUAAUCAGCAUUUGUCUUUGUUUUCUUGAAAAAUAAAAUGUACGAAGAAGGAAUAUGGGUGAAUUCAAUAGAUUCACAGAAUCUAAAAUGAGAAAAAUCUAUCUUAUUUAAUGAGAAGUCACGUGUAUCACGUGUUCUUGUCUUUUAUUUUCCAUUAUUAUCAUUUCAUGGUUUUUUUUUGUCUGAGUUGUUUCAUGUUUUUUUAAUUCAUCUUAUUGCUUGAUAAUGACACAUAGUGAGCAGAGUGUCUCCGAAACUCGCCCAUACUUCAUGCAUGCAUGUUAAAAUUCAGUUACAAUGUUGGUUUAAGGUCGGAUGUUGCUCUUAUUCUUUACAGGUGGUCCAUGGAUUUUGUUGAAUUUAUGAGACACACUUUGAAUUUUUCUAUUACUUCCAUUCAUCGAGCUAUUUAGGGAUCCGAGUAUAUCUAGGUGCGUUACGAAAACAACAUCGUAUAAUGACUAAUUUAAAAAAUUUGACUCUUCAUCCCUCUCAUUCUUUAUAAUAUUGGAGUUGAUUUCUAUUGAUUGUUAUAAUUUUUCCGUCCCUCUCACGACUGACAUUUGGAUCUAUUUAUAAAAAUUGAAUUCAUUUCUUGCAUUACAAAAUAAUAGCAUCAAUUUUUUCCCUCAUAUUGUGCAUUCUUGGAUGAGAAAAUUAUUUCAUCACUCAUAAAACUAAAUUCAAUGGACGAUGGAUUAUCAAAAUAAUCAGUUACUCAAAGUUUCCAGUGAAAAUCAGAACCAAUAGAUUUUCCCUCAAGUUCUUUCUUUAUUCGUAUAAUAAAGAUGGAAAAUUGGUGAAGCGAGAUCAGUAAAAGUUUUCAAUUUUUUAAAAUAUCGAUUCAUCUAAAAAAAAUAUCAAUUUUAGCGCAAAAUGUCAAAAGAUAUUAUUUACCGAAGAUUCAAUGAGCUACAAAAAAUGUAUUCAAAUUUUUUCUCGGCGAGUUUGUAAUUUUCGAGAUAAAUCGAUAAUUAUGAAAAAUAUUGAAUUCCACCUAUGUCACUUCAACGGGCAACGAAGAGUGAUGUAAUUUUGAGAAUUAAAAAGAGGAUCAAAAUAUUCCAGGAAAAAUUGAAAGCACAUAACAAAUGCAUCACAGGAAUUAAGCCACAAUAAACACGAAAUCGUGAAAAUGUGCGCGAGUAAGUGUUGCACAAUGUGACAUCAAUCCCAUCAUCUUAAUCUAUCUAUUAACAUAAUGAACAUUUGCGUGUCCAGCCACCGGCAUGAGAUCAAUACUGUGGGAAAACGAAGAAAAUAAUAUAUUUAUAUAAAUAUACUACUAAAUACAAGCCCCCAAGAGUAGUGCAAUAAUUCAAUCUGCAAAAAAAAAAAUAUAACAGUCUUUGCUGCUGCUUUCACUGAUAAAAUCAUUAAAUCUAAUUGAAAAGAAAUUGAUCAAAUAAGUGGUUGUGAUUUAGUAAUGUGUAAUCAUUACAAAAAUUAAAAAAUAAAAAAAAACGUCUGAGAAACGAAAUGAAAUUUGUAUUCUUCAGGAUUUUUAAACAAUGAUAAUUCAACCCCUCGUGUUACUUGUGCUCUCAUCAUU